CGUGCUGGCUUCAGUGUCAGAGAUAGAAAAGUCUCUUCUUCUCCCUCGCGUCGGCUGGGAAGAACCAAGGGGAAGAGGCGUCCAAAAUCCGAUCUUGGAGGAGUUGAGGGGGUAGGAAAGGGAUGGAGGAAGGCGGGAUCGUCGAGGAGGCGAGCAGCGCCCGCACGGUGCGGUGGGUUGACGGCAGCGAGGUGGACUCGGAGUCGCCGCCGUGGUCCAUCGAGGAGGAGGCGUUGGUGCUGGGGCCGGAGCUGCAGGCCACGCUGCGGCGGAGGCUGGUGAAGAAGGCGCGGAGCGUGGACUCGCUGGACGUGGAGGCCAUGGACAUCGCCGACGCUCACAAGCGUCGCGAAAAGGACAUCUCAAUCUGGAGCACGCUUGCAAUGGCAUUUCAGACUCUUGGUGUUGUUUAUGGUGACAUGGGCACGAGUCCCUUAUAUGUCUUUAGUGAUGUCUUCAGCAAAGUCCCAAUUAAAUCAGAGGUUGAUGUUUUGGGUGCCUUAUCCUUGGUGAUGUACACAAUCGCACUCAUUCCUUUUGCAAAAUACAUCUUUAUAGUGCUGAAAGCAAAUGAUAAUGGUGAAGGAGGAACUUUUGCAUUGUAUUCACUGAUAUGCAGAUAUGCCAAGGUUAGUCUACUUCCAAAUCAGCAGCGUGCCGAUGAAGAUAUCUCCAGCUUUAGGCUCAAGCUGCCUACUCCAGAGCUAGAAAGAGCACUAUACAUAAAAGAAAUCUUGGAGAAAAAUUCUUUUUCAAAACGUCUUCUGUUGUUAUUGGUCCUGAUGGGUACCUCUAUGAUAAUUGGCGAUGGCAUUCUUACUCCAUCCAUGUCAGUUAUGUCUGCUGUGAGCGGUCUUCAAGGCAGAAUUUCAGGAUUCGACACAGAUGCCGUGGUCAUUUUCUCAAUUGUAAUUCUUGUAGUAUUGUUCAGUAUACAAAGGUUUGGGACCGGCAAAGUGGGUUUCUUGUUUGCUCCUAUUUUGGCACUUUGGUUCUUCAGUUUGGGGUCCAUUGGAAUAUACAACAUACUUAAGUAUGAUAUUUCUGUUCUAAGAGCAUUCAAUCCAGCAUAUAUAUAUUUCUUUUUCAAGAGAAACAGCACUAAAGCAUGGUCUGCUCUUGGCGGUUGUGUUCUGUGCAUCACAGGAGCUGAAGCAAUGUUUGCUGACCUGGGCCAUUUCUCUGUAAAGUCUAUACAGAUAGCCUUCACAUCUACCGUAUUUCCAUGUCUUCUUUUGGCGUACAUGGGCCAAGCUGCGUAUUUGAUGAAACAUCCAUUUUCAGUGGAAGGA